CGUCUGGAACAUGUUUCUUAGUUUCCGGGUAGUGGUCCAGUUGUUGUUAGCAUAGCUAUCAAAGAGAGGAAGGGAGAAGUUGGAAGAAGUUUUGGAACCAACAAUGGUGGUUUAUAGAUAUUUAGAAUAACCAUAAUAAUAUAGUGAUGGUAUAAGCUAACUAUUUCGCUAGUUAUAAUUGUCAUCAUAAAACGCUUGGUUGAAUGUAUUCGACGUGCUGUCAUCAUUCCCGUCAAGAGAUAUCCAAGUAUUGGUGUGAACUUCCAUGACAUUUUCUAAACCUAACCAGAACUGACCGGCAAAGGAAAGGACGCCGAUUAAGACAGGCUGUCAGACACAUAAAGCCCACCAGUGGAUCAGGUGGAUGUAAAAAUGCCUUUAUUCUUUAGAAAGAGGAAACCAAGCGAGGACUCCAAAAAACGUCUGGAAUACCAGAUAACUCUGUCUAAAGCAGCAGGGGCUGAUGACAUUCUUGACAUCUCAAUUUGCGAACUCUCUGAGGUUCCUAGUAGUGCCAUCUCCAUAUGCAAGGUGCUACAGAAGAAGGUCUUUAUUCUCCAUGGCAAUGAGCUGAAAUCUCUGGUGCCCAAAGGCUGCUGUAUCAACUCUCUUGCAACCCUAAAGGUCUUGGAUUUACAUGAUAAUCAGCUGACCUCUCUGCCUCAUGAUAUUGGUCAACUGUCAUCCCUGCAGGUGCUUAAUGUGGAGAAUAAUCUGUUGAAGGCCCUGCCGGAGGGCAUUGGGGAUCUCCGUUUUCUGCAAACGCUCAACGUUAAAGGAAACCACCUCAGUGAGUUGCCCAUCUCUGUUGGACAAAUGAGCAGCCUGCGUAAUAUGGACAUCAGUGAGAACACCAUCAGGGAGCUGCCUCAGAUCCUGGCCCGCGUCCGUACUCUGGAAAGCCUGACGCUGGAUGCUGCGGAGAUGUCCUAUCCUCCUGCCUCAGUGUGUAUCAGGGGAACGGCGGACAUCCAACAGUUCCUCUGCACUGAAUUGGGAGAAGAAUACUCUCCGCCGUCUCAGUACCUGCUGCCUGUACUGGAAAAUGACUGUGGAAACCAGAACUCUGACACUGUGGAUGGUCUGGACCUGGCCUGGCAGAGCAAGUUCAACGACUACGAGAAGAGAAAGCAGGAGAAGCAGCAGGAGAAGCUUGCCUUUGAGCGUGAGCUGCAAGAGAAGCAAAAAGAACACACUCACCUACUGUUGAUGAAUAAUAAUCAGAAGGAGGGCAUCCUACAGUCAGUCCGACAGGAGCAGGAGCGUCUUGAGAUGGGCGUGUCCCUGCAGCAGAGGUCCCAGGAGGCAGAAAGGCAAAGGAUUCUGGGAAAAGUCAGGCAAGCUGAGACAGAUGUCAUUAGCCGCAUCAGUAACCUGCUACUCGAUAACAAGCGGCAGAUCAAGAGUGCAGAGUUCCUCCAAUCCUUGGAGGAGAAUCGGAUGCGUAUGGAGUACCUGGCUGCUAUUACUCAGGAAGAAUCUGAUUGUCUGAGGAGGAAGGAAGUGGCAGUGGCCAUGCAGAAGAUGCUAUCAGAGAGCUGCUCCGUGCGUCUGUUACAGCAGGCAAGCGAUUGGCGCAGACAGAGCCUGGUCACAGAAGCCUGCAGGAGUAUGGAAAAUCAGGACAGGAAGUGUGAUCUUGUGCUUUCGCUCCAACAGCUUGACAAAUCAAAAGCCAUUGCCCACAUCCUUCAAGAGCAGGAGGUGCAGAAGACGGCCUUCCAGGCCCUGCAGCUUCAGAAGGACAGCGUGCACGGCUACAUCCGCCAGCAGAUCAGGCUAAUAGAAGGUGAGCUAAUGCGAGUGACUAAACUGGAGGUCAAGCGACGCACUCUGGACACUGACAACCUGCAGGUUGUUCCUAAAGAGGUGUGUGUUCAGGAGGUGUUGUCAGAUCAACGCUCCGCUCUCAGUGACCUGCUCCAGCAGCUGCUCAAACAAAAGGGCCAACGAGAGGUGGAGCUCCAGCAUGUUCUGGCAGAGAUGGAGAGGAAGAGCGAGUCAAAUCAGCAGAACUACUGGAUGAUCCAAUAUCAGAGACUGCUGGACACCAAACCUCUGUCACUGCGCUUGCAGGAGGCGGGUGUGGAGAAGGAGUUGGUGACGCUGUUGUACAAGCUGUCAGCCCAGCACUACCUCCCCAUCAUGGCCCACCACAGAGUCACGGCAGAGGCCUUGCGCCACAUGACCGACAGAGACCUCACCAAGCUGGGCAUCAGUGAGGUGGGAGUCCAGAAAGCUCUUCUAAACUGGGCCAGAGAGCAUCCUGCCACACCCCCUGAAGGCACCUCCAAGACAGUCCAGCUUGAGGACGAGGCUGGACCGUCCCCUCCCCUCCCCCGGGCACCCACCCAGACCUCCACCCCUCCCUUGACUCCUGGCACCCCUGGGACCCCUGUUACCCCCUCAGCCCCCUGCCCUGUGGAUGCACCAGGCAGCUCAGAGUGUGUGGUCUGCAUGGAGACUGAGUCUCGGGUCAUCUUUCUGCCCUGCGGCCAUGUCUGCUGUUGCCAGACGUGCAACCAAGCCAUCCAGAACUGCCCUCUGUGUCGCAGUAACAUCUCCCAGCGGGUACGCAUCUAUCACAGUUAGGUUCCUCCAGGCCCGCUAACGAUGCUGAUGGCCCUGAACCCGACACGGACACAUUCAAAUAAGAUCUGUCAAGACUACGCAUUUGCACACUGUACACUUAACUCUACAGACAUGGGUGGGUGUGGCACGAUAUGCUCGUCAUUUUUGUGUCAUAAACAGAAAGGCCACAGUGCAGGAGGUUUGAAACAUCCAUGGACCUGGACAGGUUAGAAAGAUGAUGAAUUUUCUCAACUUUGUAAUCCAUAUAACGGACAUUAUGAAACUCAAGCUGUUCAAUUUAAGAAAUCAAAUUGACUAGUUUAUAGGGAUUUCUGUAAAAAGAUGGCAUAGUGAGAAUGUGGCAUAAGACGUCGGUCUGAAUUGUAUGUUGUCAGUCACGCGCCAACCUAAAUUAGGGGCAUCAGAAAAUAUAUCACUAUAAAUAUACCUAGUAAUUAGAUGUCAUCUGCUUGUGUAUAGAAUCCCUUGGAAUAAUAAACUACUAAAUUUGGGAAUUUGGGUGUAGGUCAGUGACUGCUGAUCACUUUAAAUAAAGGUAUCUGCUAAAUGGAUGCACUUUUAUUAUAUUACAUGACUUGUAUUAACCAUCUAACCUUAUUAACUCUUCCUUUCACUAUACAACAAUAACAACUUAUGCAUGACUGUUUGUAAUCGCCCUGUGAUCUAGUAUUAAAUAGGAUGAGGAGAGAGGGAUGAACGAGAGUGUGAAGAGAGAGGGGAGAGUUUGAGAGGAUAUUCUUCUUUCCCUUGGUUAAGAAGAUCUUUCAUCAUGGUGAACCAAAUCACUGGUUAGUCAAAUAAGGGGUAAAAAUAAGGGGUACUUACUUUGGUUGCUCUAUAGAGCAUCAAGACACUUUGAUGGCCAAAAGUAGAUCUGGACACCCCUUCAAUUGAGUGGAUUCAGCUAUUCUAGAUUCAUCCAUUGCUGACCAAUGUACAAAAUUCAGGACACUGCCAAGCAAUCUAGACGGUAGAACGUGGAGCCAUCAUAGGAUGCUUCCUUUCCAUCAUGUCAGUUGGUCCAUUUCUGCCCUGCUAGAGCUGCCUUUUGAUGUCUAAUCGCCAAGCAGCAUUCGUGCCCAUCUUCAAGUUCCAACAGCCUUCCCAGGAGAGUGGAGGUUGUCAGAGCAGUACAAUGGGGCACCAUCUCCAUAUGAAUGCUCAGGAUUUUGGAAUGAGAUGUUCCAUCAGCAGGUGUCCACAAACUGAGUAGGUGUCCACAUACUUUUGGCCACAUAGCAUAUCAGUGGAUCGAUUUGUUUUGUUGGAUGCAAUUUUGAUUUAUUUAUGACUUCAAAGGGAUAGAGUCUUGUGACUAUUUGGCAUCUGUUAGACUGUUUUAUGCCUUGGUCACACACCUGGACCUAACUGUAGCGUGCCUUUUCCCCACUAAUCCCACCACACCUUCGGAAUGAAAGUGUGUAUGUGUCUGUCACAUCUAAUGCUGCAACCUUUAAUGCUUUGUCCUCUAUAUCGUUGGUCAGUCGCUAACCUAUUUGUAUGCACUUUUCUAUCCGUCACUAUUCAAGUGCGCUUAGUCAUUCAUAACUUGGCAUGCGACAGGAAAUAACGGACAUUAAUAUUGUAUGUUAUGUCGACAAAAAUAUUGUAUGUAAUCUCGACAAAGAACAAUCUGUGUAAAAAUAGAUGCAGGAUUGCAAUCCAUUGAAUAGUGUUAAUUGUGAAAUAUGGUAGAUUGUUAUUUAUUUUUUAUGUGGUCAUGUAAAUGUGUCUUAUUCUGAAUGUUACUUUCAAGUCCAAGAAUAUUAAAAUAGUAAUAAUAAUACAUUUUAUUUUGGGGGCGCCUUUCAGGCCACAAGGACAUCUUACAGAAAAUGAGCCUGUAUAGGUUCAAAACAGUGGAGGUAAAAAAACAAGCCUCAAAUUGGGACAGAUCCAAUAUAUAAACUUGGAAAGUCAUCAAUGGUGAUGCAGAGGUUUUGCUGUUUGGAGAGUGUGGAUUUGGCGCUGAUGAGAAUGACCUCUAUAUGGCCUAUAUAUAUAUAAGAUGGCGUAAUGUCAACCAAACCCAACCACCACCACACUAUCUUUCUCACACAUACAUACAGAGUUAUCUUUCCUGCGCUUGUAUCUUGUGCAUAUCACUUAUUACCACACAUAUGUACUGUAUCGUAUAUGCAUUUAUUUAUCACAGUAUGCUGAAAUGUAAACUAAUUGUUGAAUUAUUGAAGCACUGCACAAACAGACAGUGUUAAAUGCCCUUUUUUUCUUUAAAACAUGAAUGGAAAUCAUGAAUGCAUGUGUUAACAAUCAGACUAUGAUAUGGGUUAAAUGUUGAGUACAUCUACAUUUUAUCUACUCUAAAAAUAGCCCUGUAUAUGUCAUGAGUUUUAUUAAUUUGGUUAAAAAAAAUCAGUUCCUUUUCACAAUUGUUAUUUGCUAUUAUAUCACUUGGAUGAAGAUGUUAUGGCAAGAUAUAAAAAAAGUUAAUGUUGUUGACAUCUUUCUUUAGUAGUAGGCUAUAUUAUUUGUGUGAUGUGAAAACCUGCUAUGGGAAAAUAAAUGUGCUUUCCCCAUU